AUGGAAAGAAAAGAGCCAUGGCAAUUGACUGUUAUACGGACUCAAGGUCUCCGGCUUAUGCGCCCGGAGAAGUCUUGGCGCCCCAUCGUCACUGUCGAAGUCGACAAGCACGACUCUCACGAAACGGUCUUGGGAGUUGAUGGACAAAAUCCCAAUUUGAAGGAGACAUUCCGAUUUCACCAAGCAGAUAUGUCGUCACGGGUUGACUUCAAAAUAUGGCAUCGUUCGCAGAGCAAGAAGAAGGGGAAGAAACGGAAUCUGGUCGCUUCCUCUACACAUUCUCUAGGCGAACUUUUGAAGAAGCAGGAAACGGAACCUCGACUGGAGAUCAGGCUUCACUGCCAGUCAGCUUCCAAUCGAGCUAUUUCCAGUCGAGGAAAACCUCAGAAUGGGGCACUCAUGCAUCUGAGGGUAAGACCACCAAUGGCACCGUUGACUUCACCGCCCUUACUCUGUCCGUCUGACACUGGAUAUUCAUCCGACGCGAGCUCCUCAUCACGAGCAUCCAGCACUCUAAUCCCACCAUCACCUAUCGACGACGAACCAAAACCUCCACAGCCCUCCAUCCUGCGACGCCGGAGGGUUCGCGGAUACGCUCUCGGCUCCGAUGAAGAAGUGUUCUCCAGCGACGGAGAAGAAAUCGAAGAACGCAAACCCCUUCCCCUCUUUUCCGACCCCGAAGACUUUCCCCAACAAACAUACUGGAACUCAUCCGACGACGACUCGCCUCGAAAUCAACCUUCACAUCCUAAGAGCAGCUGGGGUUGGAUAUCAGCGUCACUCUUACCCAAAUACACGGAGAAGAUUGAGGUUUUGGAACCUCGGCCGCUAUCGCUGACGGGGAGAGUGCUGGCGUCGUUUACGAUGUACAGCGAACUGAAGGAGGCUACUAUGGACUCGGAAUAUGACAAGGUGUUCGCGCGGUUACAGAUGGAGUGGACUUAUAUGGGAGGUUUGCUAGUCGCACUAGCGGCUGUCGAUACAGCCGUAUUCUCCAUCUCCCCAGAUUCACUAUUUGGCGUCAACUCCUACGCUCGGAGCGCUAUUGCUACGAGCAGCAUCACAUCUGGUCUCGGCAUCGCAUGCGACGCCUGGUUUCUUUUAAGGUACAACUGGGCAGACCUACAGACAUUCAUUGCCCGUGCACGGGACGUAUACGGCUCUUACUUCUUCUUCUCCCUCUCAGCGCGUGUCCCAGGUCUCUGCAUGUUCAUCUCCGCCCUCUCCCUCAUGCUCUUCCUCGGGCUGGUGGCUUUCGACGCCUGGCCGGAAGGUGUGAUCGCUGUUUGUUUCAUGGUAGGGGUGGUUAUGUCCCUGCAGUUUUUGGUUUAUGGCGCGCAUUGGUGUGUGGGGCGAGUGGUUGAGGGUGGGCGGACGGGUAUCAGAGCAGUUAGGAGGGUUACGGGUUGA